AUGACCUCAUCAGCACCCAAUACCUCUAAUCCGAAUUCAUUAAAACAACAACACCUCUCAUCAUCAUCCUCAUGCAUUCGGAAUACACUCAUUCUCAUCCUUCUUCUUCUCUUUACUUUCUACUUGAUUUUGGGUCAUUUCAUGUAUCAUGCCAUGUUCUCACUCUCGGACAAGUUCUACACGGAAGGAUAUUUAAAAUCAAGAGAAAAUUCAAUUUUCAACGUUCAGACCUAUAUCAAUUGCAGUGAUUGGAAACAUUCCAUUGCGAAUAGUGAAUUUUUACAAUCCCUCUCGCACAAGCUCACGACCAACCAAGAGCAAAUUGAAAUUAAAAAUGUGUCCUUCACGAGUCGAGUAACGCCAGAUAUUCCGUAUCGGGUGAACCUUAAUGGACGUUUUUAUCGAAUCAUCAAACAUGGUUCAGCAGCUAGUACUGGCAACACUAAAAAGGUUAUUAUUUUGGUUCAUGGAUUCAGAAUGAGAUUGAAUCAUUAUACCAUCAUGGUUCCUCUUCAAAUGAUGCUGAAUGCCUUCCCGAAUGGUGAAUAUGAUUUUUUCACGUUUGAAUAUAGAAAUCAUGGCCAAUCAGACAAGGAAUAUCCAAGCAUCAUACUUCCAAACAAGUCGUAUAGUACUUAUGGAAGUUUGGAGUAUGCAGACUUGUUAGGAGCUAUUGAUUUUGUAAAAUCACAGUACGGCUAUGAACAUGUCGGAUUAUAUGGAUUGUCAAAAGGAGGAGCAACGAUCAUGACUGCGUAUUUGAAAUCAAAUCCAAGUGAUUCUAUUAGAGCCAUGUUCUUGGAUAGCCCAGCUUGUGAUAUUGAAUUUACAUUGCAAUCGAAUCUGUAUCGAGUGUUGGGUUAUCUUGUCGGUCACAAUGACAAGUUGGAAUUGGAUUCAUUACGAAUGAAAAUUGCUAGAUAUUUAUUGUGGCCAGCCAUCGAAAUGGUUGGAUCAAUGUUGAAACCUAAUCAUCCCCACCAUAGUUAUCCGCCAUUUUUGAAUGAUGCAUUUAGAUUGUGGAAAACAAGAGUAGAAAGCACGGAGAAUGGUAACACAACUCAUGAAACAUUUGACAAGGCAGCCAUACAUUUUGAUCAUCCAAAAUCUGACAUUCUGGUGCCCAUGCAAAACUCAGAGAGAUGCAGCGCGUUAGCUUCAAAACUUGAUCAUUUGAAAGUUUCCACCUACUAUGGUGAUGUGAACAGUAAGGAACAAAAACAUACAUUUUCAGAGUGUAAGGAUCAUUGCAUCUUAAUGUUAUCAGAACCAGAACAAUAUUAUGAAAGAAUGACAAGAUUCUUUAAGGAGAAUUUAUAA